UCUAAACAUUCUAUAGUCCAAACUAAACUGGAUUAAUAUUAGCCGUCGAAUUCCUUUCUCAAUCGUAUCUUUUAUUUUUCAACUUUAUAUUCCUAAAAAAAGAAAGAUAGAAAGGAAACAUUCGAUUCUAGUAGGGUUUCGGAAUCAGUUCCAUAGACAGAGAAGGGAAACGCCAUCAUAAGAGUUAGGAAUUCAUACCAAGCCCUUCCCAUUGCCAUUAAAGAAGAGAAAUUCUCCUCUUCUAUUACGAACGAUUUUAUAUUGUUAGGGUUUUAACUGUUGAUUUGAACUUCUUCGAGAAAGAGAGAUGGGAAGAGGAAAGUUUAAGGGUAAACCUACUGGAAGGAGACACUUCUCUACCCCGGAAGAGAUGCUUGCUGGCACCUCUUCUCGUCCUCGCACUUUCAGACAAGAGGAAGCUGAAGAGGUAGAAGAAGAAAUAGAAUCAGAAUCUGAAGAGGAGUCUGGAGAUGAAUCCGAGAAGCGGAAGGGCACUGAGGGAGUUAUGGAGAUUUCAAAUCCCAAUAUUGUAAAGAAGAAGAAUCUGAAAGCUAGAGAUGUUGACCUCGAGAAAACGACUGAACUCUCAAGGCGUGAAAGGGAAGAGAUAGAAAAACAGAAAUCUCAUGAACGAUGGAUGAAGAUGCAGGAACAGGGGAAAACAGAGUCAGCAAAAAAAGACCUGGAGCGUUUGGAACUGAUACGACAACAAAGGGCAGAGGCUGCUAAGAAACGAGAAGAAGAGAAAGCUGCAAAAGAGUCGAAGAAGGUUGAAGCUCGCAAAUAAAAUCUUUCAUAUAGUGCUGCCACUAAAACUUUGUUGGGAGCAGCUGUCCUUUGCAUGUUUUUAAGUUCUUUCUCAAAACUAGUUACACAAAUGUUCAGUUAUAUCCUAGUUAUGGCUGUGUUUGAUUUGAAAAAUCGAUCUUAUUACUUGAAAUAUUGGACGUUGUUAUGGUGAUAAAUUAAAAUUGUCAAACUUUUAUGACAGACGGGGGAUGCAUUGAUUUUGUUUUUGA